UCCAUUAUGUCACCUCCUGUCACGAUUGUGGUAUCACGGCUCCUUUGUGACAAUCUCUCUCUGGGUGACACUUGUGUGAUCACGGCUCCUUUGUGACAAUCUCUCUCUGGUCUGACACUAGUGUGAACGGUCAAGUGAUACGCAGCAAUGUAACAGUAGUCAUCCUUUAUCAAUAUGUCUGUUCGGAGUAGUAAUCAAUUGGAGUUGAGGUACUUUGUUAUCGGCUUGUUUCUGUGUUUCUAUGCUGUCAGAGCGAUCACUAUCAACAGAACAAUUGAAAUCAACACCAAAGAGGUGGACAGCAUUGUCCUGCACUGCCCGUUAGAUACACCGUUUGGCCACCAUGAUGAAGCCCAUCUCGUUGUACAGUGGAUUACUCCAAAGUUUAUGUUCGUCUCCCAGACGUCUAUCGACAAGGACAGUGGAAUGUUCAUAGGAGACCACAGGUUGAAAAUAACAUCAAAUGGUUCGCUGGUAAUUCAGCCACUCUGUUACCCCGACUUUGGAGAUUAUCAAUGCAUUGUAUAUAGAUCGAGUACAAACGGUACCCGACUAUUUAUCUCGGAUGCAACGGUGUCUUUAAAACUGCACGUGGAUUUAGCAAAAGAGUUUAACUGUAACUUGACAGCAUUUGCCGACUCAAGCAAUAAUUACAUUACGACCACGGUAGGAAUAGUGUUGUUUAUAAGUGGCGCCAUUUUUGGUAUCGUGUCCGUGUUUUGCGUGUACCGUACAGUACAACGAUGUAAGUUAAUGUUUUACCGCAAGACAGUUGCACGGCUUCGCAAAGGUAGCGUUCAUGAACUAUCUGCCCGAGCUGGUUCAGUUAAGAGUCAAGUCAAGAAAACUUCCACACACACAAAUGUCGCACCUGAAGAUCCCAAAGAAGCCUUUGUUAUGUACACCAACCCACUACAAGAUGAGCCUAACUUUCAUGGGUACAUGGCUGAUCCAUUUCCCCCAUCUCCACCACCGAGACUACAGACCCAAAACAGCAGCCUGGCGGUCUCGCAAGAGUUUCGUAUAACACCCGGUCUAGCAUUUGCAAUUCACGCAAGCUCACUUCAAGAGCUACACACUACUGGCUGUGACGAUUCGCGUGAUAGAUUCCACACUUGGAAUCCAAAGAACCGAUUUAAAAUAAUUGACAUGCAUCCGAUGGGUGUCAAAAAAGAUCGAGCACAUGACAGUCCUAACGCGAAAAACAUUCAAAAGAACCACAUUUCAACCUCGUCCUCAGUCAAAACGCCAACCUCUUCUUGUGACUAUGAAAAUAUAUCUUUUGAACCUCCAUCAUUGGUAGUUGAAUCAGAAGACAUGUACGAGGACUCAAGGAGCAAAUCCAGUGAUCCUUACCUCAUGCCGCUGAAGACACACCGGUCGCUAGUAGACUUCCCCCUACCCCCACCACCACUGACAUCGUCUGAGUGUUUAGGAGCGGACAGUUGCUCUCAUGCAAGCCUACCGCUACCACCGCUACCAUUGGACAAUGAUACUUGCGACCCACACAUUAUAAACACAGCCAGCAAGGGGUGUAUCUUAACAUUGCAAAAUACAUGGCCAAAGCGUGUGUCAUCGAAGAGAAGAUAUCACUCCAUUUCAGGACUGGAACAACCCGAUUACCUGGAAAUAAUAGCAUCAGCAGACUGCAUACAUCUCAAUAGUAAUUAGGCCUCGAUUUCAGGCAUUUCUUUGACACCUUUCAAUUUUUUCACAACUCAAUGUUUUAGCAAACAUUCCAAAGAUUUGUUUCGGCUGUAAGACUGUCAUUUUCAAAAUCAUGGACUCCAAUUAAAAAAUGGCAAACAUUAAUGCUCAUUUGAACUGUUGUACUCGGCAAAUAUUAUUACCCAUUUAUAGCCAUUUGAAAAGAUUCUAUGCCUCUUUUUUCAAGUUUUGUGGUCUUAUAUCAGAAUUGGCGGCCAUUUUGAAAAAUGGCCGCCAAUGCAACUAAAA